CCAGCACUGAGAACGAAUGGGGAUUGAAUUGCUUUGCCUCUGUUUCCUAUUUCUGCAAAGAAAUAACUAUGUGCAAGGGACCUGUUCUCAGGAAAGCACAGUGACUUGUGAAGAUUGUUUGCUUUCCGGACCACACUGCGCUUGGUGUUUGCAAGAGAAUUACACAGACUCAUCUGGAAUUCAUGGGAGGUGUGAUAUCCUGGAAAAUCUUUUGUCCAAAGGAUGCCAGCUGAAUUUCAUUGAGUUUCCCAUUUCAGAAGUAGAAAUUCACAGAAAUGAUCCCCUAACUGCAUCAUCCCAGAAGAACAGUUCUGAUGUCACACAGAUUUCUCCUCAGAAAUUAACUCUGAGGCUGCGACCAGGACAUGAAGAAACAAUACAGAUCAAGGUUCGCCAGACUGAAGAUUAUCCAAUUGAUCUCUACUACCUCAUGGAUCUUUCAGCUUCCAUGGAUGAUGAUCUGAAUACAAUCAAAGAACUGGGUUCAACUCUUUCCAAAGAGAUGUCAAAACUGACAAGCAACUUUAGACUGGGGUUUGGAUCUUUUGUUGAAAAACCAGUUUCGCCAUUUAUCAAAACUACGGCUGCAGAAAUAAACAACCCUUGCAGGAGUGUGCCAUAUGAGUGCUUACCCACCUUUGGAUAUAAAAAUGUUUUGCCACUAACAAGUGAUGCUGAAAAAUUCAAUGAAAUUGUGAAAGGACAGCGAAUUUCUGCUAAUAUAGACACUCCAGAGGGAGGAUUUGAUGCAAUUAUGCAGGCAGCUGUUUGCAAGGAAAAAAUUGGCUGGAGGAAUGAUUCUCUACAUUUGCUGGUGUUUGUGAGUGACGCUGAUUCCCAUUUUGGGAUGGACAGUAAACUGGCAGGGAUUGUUAUUCCUAAUGAUGGGAACUGCCAUUUGGACCACAAUAAUGAAUAUUCCAUGUCAACUGUUCAGGAGUAUCCUACAAUUGGACAAUUAAUUGACAAACUUGUGCAAAACAAUGUUCUAUUAAUUUUUGCUGUAACAAAUGAGCAAGUUCACAUAUAUGAGAAUUAUGCAAAGCUUAUUCCUGGUGCUACCGUUGGACGACUACAGAAGGAUUCUGGAAAUAUUCUCCAGUUGAUCAUUGCUGCAUAUCAGGAGCUGAGGUCUGAGGUUGAAUUGGAGAUCCUGGGAGAGACGGAAGGGCUCAAUCUCUCCUUCGCGGCCAUCUGUAACAAUGGGACCUUUUUUCCACACCAGAGGAAAUGCUCUCAUGUGAAAGUGGGAGAUACAGUCUCUUUCAAUGUGACCGUUAGUCUCUCUUCUUGUGAAAAAACCAGAAGGCUUAUCAAGAUAAAACCCGUGGGGCUCAGCGACGUGCUGGAGAUGGAAAUUCUCCCCCUCUGCAGCUGCGACUGCCAGGCCAAGGCCGAGAAGAAGAGCCCGAAGUGCAGCCAAGGGAAAGGCUCCCUGGAGUGCGGGGUGUGCGUGUGCAGCCCCGGCUACGUGGGGCCGCGCUGCGAGUGCCACGAGAGCUCCCUCGGUGCCAGCUCCUGCAGGGGCCCGGCCGAGCAGAGCUCCUGCAGCGGGAGAGGCGACUGCUACUGCGGGCAGUGCCUGUGCCACCCGUCCCCCUACGGAAAGGUCUACGGGCCCCGCUGCGAGUGCAACGACUUCUCCUGCGUCAGGCACCGCGGCCUGCAGUGCGCAGGCAAUGGUGACUGUGACUGUGGGGAAUGCAGGUGCCACAGCGGAUGGACUGGUGAAUACUGUAAUUGCACAACUGAUACCAGCAGCUGCAUUGCUGAGGAUGGGACACUGUGCAGUGGGAGAGGUGAAUGCAUCUGCGGGACGUGUGCUUGCACCCAUCCGGGGACUUCGGGCCAAACGUGUGAAAAAUGCCCUCUCUGCGGUGACCCCUGCAGUUCCAGAUGGAGCUGUGUGGAAUGUCACUUGGCUUCUGAUGACAAGUCACUGGGAGAUUGCAGUGAAAAAUGCAAAUUGGUUGAUGCAACUGUCAGCAUGGCAAAGGAUUAUUCAGAGGAUAAAUCCAUUUCCUGCUCUUUGCAGGGGGAAAAUGAAUGUAUAACCACAUUUCUACUGGCUGUGGAUGAACAGGGAAGGACAGUCAUUCACAACAUAGAACGGAAAGAUUGUGCACAGCACCCAAAUAUCCCAAUGAUAGUGGUGGGUGUCACCCUUGCUAUCCUUCUCAUUGGCAUUGUUUUACUUUGUAUAUGGAAAUUACUGGUGUCACUUCAAGACCGAAAAGAGGUGGCCAAGUUUGAAGCAGAAAAAUCAAAAGUUAAAUGGCAAACGGAAACAAAUCCACUGUACAGAGGCUCAACAACCACUUUUAAAAAUGUGACUUACAAGAACCAAGAUAUGCAUAAAAGACCCAUGGCUGCAGACUUCUAUUAGCACCUGCAACACUACAAACUUAGUUUCACUGGCACGAAAUCUAAAUCUAAACUUGUUUCUUCUCAGCUGAUUAUGUGAUAUUUGUUUACAAGUUGCAGUGGUAUAACCAUUCUGUUAGAGAAUAUAUGUCUUGUGUUGGGACAAAUAAAGAUAACAUAUUAGUAGUAAGGGUUAGUAGAAAUAUUUUUUAAAUGACCCUUUAUUGUUAUAGCCCCCAUCUUUUUAAAAAUGGCAUCACAUAUAAUUUUAAUGUUGUCAUUAAUACUGAGGAUUCUAAAUUAUCAUGUAAGCUUAUUCUUUGUUAAAUUAGAUAUAUACAGUGAACUUUAUACUAUUUUGUCCAUACACACAAUCCCAUAAAUUAGUGUUUAGGAAUGUAUUUGUACAGUCUAUUUAUUGGGCUGGUUUAAAUGUAGAAAAUAUUUUGGCUUUUUUCAUGAAUGAAGUUUAAACUACUGUGGAUUGAGCUUUCUCAUAUCACCUGUGUGACUGAAUAGUUUCUCACCCAAAAAAAAAGUAGUGAUAUUGCCUGUCUUCUGUAAAUGUAAAUUAUACAGAAACAUUUCUUCUCUAAUUCUUCUUUCUUAUCCUGUUUCUCUGUUUCUUUUCCUUGUUGCUCUUUGAUGUUCUUUAAGGACCUAGGCCCUGGGAUUAUCUCAGGGAAAGUUAAAUCAAGCCAAUCAAGCCUUAUUCACCUGCAGUUGUUUUCUGCUCCAGACACAGACUGCUUUUUUCUUCUUUUAAAUUCUAGUAAAAAGGAUACAGAGAAAAAGAUAAAUAUUUGUAAAUUAGAGACCCCAGUAGACACACGUUUAAACCAGAGGAUUAGCAGAACUCCAUUUCACCAUUUACAUCCUGCAAAUUAUUUGGGUGCUCAUAAUACAGCUCACAUGCUGGGCCAUCACACAAAGUGGCUCAGGAGCCCUUUUCAUGCAGAAAUGUUCACACAAAAGAUUUAUUACCGCACACAAAGACAGUACUUUUUUGUUGAUAUGUCCAUAGUUGUGAGGUUCUUUCAAUGCCCAGCAGCCAAACUGCUUAUUCUUGUGCAUAAUAACAUAUUCAGUUCUUUUGGGCUACAUUGUUUGGAUUUGGGUUGGUUUUUUCUCCCUCAAACUAAACAACAAAAAGAUCUAUGGAUUUCACUUAAUAUUCAUUUCCAUUAUGUUAAUGAGGAAUUUUAAAUCUCCAUUUUAGCUAAUUACAAAUGUAUUACAAUUUUUAGUUGUAAUCUCUUAGCAUGCACAGCACAGGAUAAAGAAAGUAUAAAAGCACCUAACAUGCUGCCAUAGAAAAAUUACAACAUUGGACUACUUUUAGGUAACAAUAAUGAACUUUAUUUUUUAAUAUAAGUUUUCGGUUGCAUUUUUUACUACUCUGAAACAGAUGGUCAAAAUGUACAUAUGAAGGUACUUAGAAAUGAAGACUUAAAAAUCAAAGGUACUUUGGCACUGUUACAAAUGAUCACAUAUAUUCCCUAAGGUAAAUAGGGAGUUUGAUCUGAAAAAUUGGUCUGAAUGUAUUUGAUCUGAAAAAGUUGAUGUCCAUUUUGUAAUAAAUAUUUACCAAGUCUGUGCAACUUCAGUCUCCAUAUGCUCCACAGUUUCUGGAACUGAGACUGGUAUGUUAGCUAGGUCUGACCCAUGCCUGUUUUAGGGCCUGAUCCAAAGCCUACUGGAGUCAAUGGCUACAGAUGUGGAUCUAGUUUCAGUGAAACUAUUAGUUUUGGUUUACAAAGAUUGUUUUGUUUAAACAAACUGGUUAAUACUGUCUGUUCGUGAAUUAGAACCUAUAUACAUCUAUCUGUGCAAAAAGAAAUAGUAUCAGAUGCCUUUGGAAGGAAGGUGAUGCUAGAACCACCAAAAUUACAGCAGUGCAAUGGAAAUGAUGGCUGUGAUUAAACUGGAACAGAUUCACACCUGUGUUCUGGUAUUCCUGCAUAUCUCAUAGUGGAAACUGCACAGAUAAAGGCUCACAUCUGUGGCCCUUCCAACCACUGGACUCCCACAGAUGUCAGUUCAAGUCACAUGUGGGACCAAAUCCUGUUUCCCUGGCACAUGGAUAAACUCGUGGCAUGCAAACCUGGCCCCUGAAUCUGCUCAGAUUUCACUUGGGUGAGGGUUGCCUAAGGGUCAAGGGAAAUCCGGAUUUCACCCAUGUAGGUCAUCUGUUACUCUUUUAUUUCUCAUGUAGAAGUAAUCAAAUUAUAAACUUUCUCUGAAAGAAAUUAAAAUAUUUUUAUUACUUUUCAAGUAACAAAAAUCUAUACUGUUUAUUAAAUGCCUUUUAAGUUCUGUUUCUGAGAUCUGAUUUUGCUG